CCAACAUCACAAUCAUCUCUCUCUCUUUCUCUCUCCCACAAAACACAGACACACCUCACAAAAACACAAACUUCUAUUGCUCUUUCUUUCUCUCAGCUUCCAAUGGCAGUUUUUUCAAGAACUAUUUCAGCUUUGGUGCUCUUGUUAGUAGUCUUCAGCUCCUGUGAAGCUAAAGAAAUCUUGGUAGGAGGCAAGGCAGAUGCUUGGAAGAUCCCAUCCUCUCAAUCUGAUUCCCUAAAUCAAUGGGCUGAAAGUACUCGUUUUCGCAUCGGCGACUCUCUUGUGUGGAAAUACGACAGUGGGAAAGACUCAGUGCUGCAAGUGAACAAGGAAGGCUAUGUUAGCUGCAAUAUUUCUAACCCCAUUGAAGAGUACAAGGAUGGGAACACCAAGGUGAAGCUCAGCCGAUCUGGGCCGUUCUACUUCAUCAGUGGAACCAAGGGAAACUGUGAGAAGGGUCAGAAGGUGGUUGUGGUGGUUCUUUCUCCAAGAAGCAGGUACACUGGUAUUUCUCCGGCACCUGCUCCUGCUCCGGUGGAGUUCGAGGGGGGUCCUGCUGUUGCUCCCACUAGCAGUGCUACAAAGUUGCAGAGCGGGUUGUUGGUUGCAUUGGGGAUCUUUGUUUUGGGGUUGUUUUGAGGGUGAGAAAGAGGGCAAAGUGAUUGCCAGAUUUCGAGCUUUAUAUUUUGGGGGGGACAUUCUUUUAUUUGUUCUGAUAUCUUAUGUAAUCCAGAUUCAGAUUAUAUCCCAAUAUUAAUUUAAAUUUAUUUUAUACAA